UCAUUUCUAACCUUUGGAUUUUCCAUUUGAUUAUUUCUCAAGUCAAGUCUCUGUCUCCAACCUGGCCUCUGAGAUUUCUCUUUCACUCUCUCUUCUCGAUCUUUCUCUCUCUUUCUGAUUCGAUUUUCUCCAGAAAAUGGCGGAAGAGAAGGAAUCAACGUCGAUUCCACUCAGUCAAGCUGAAAAUGGCGGCGAAGAUCCCGAAGAUCCCGUCAAAUCUCCCCCUACUUCUUCGUCUUCCUCCACUCGCCAGGCUUGCUGUUUUGUUCUCCAGAGUUGGAUCUCAAAGAAGUUCAUGACUGGAUGUGUAGUUCUUUUCCCUGUGGCUGUUACAUUUUUUGUGACGUGGUGGUUUAUUCAGUUUGUUGAUGGUUUCUUCAGCCCAUUGUACGAGCGGCUUGGCAUUGAGAUAUUUGGACUUGGAUUUGUUACUUCUCUGGUAUUUGUAUUCGUUGUGGGUGUAUUUGUUUCAUCUUGGUUGGGCUCCACAGUUUUCUGGGUUGGGGAAUGGUUUAUUAAGCGCAUGCCCUUUAUGAAGCAUAUAUACUCAGCUUCCAAACAAAUUAGUGCUGCUAUUUCUCCGGAUCAAAAUACUACAGCUUUCAAAGAGGUUGCAAUUAUCCGUCAUCCACGUGUUGGAGAAUAUGCAUUUGGUUUUAUAACAUCAACUGUCACCCUUCAGAAAGACAAUGAAGAUGAGGAGUUAUGCAGUGUGUUCGUCCCAACAAACCAUCUGUACAUUGGUGAUAUUUUCCUGGUUAACUCUAAAGAAAUCAUAAGACCAAAUCUUUCUAUUAGAGAAGGAAUAGAGAUAAUUGUUUCUGGAGGUAUGACAAUGCCGCAAAUCAUAUCCCCUAUAGAGAGGAUUGCUGGACAGGGUGAUAGAAUCCCUCUAAACCGAAUAAUGUGAUGGCAUCAUAGAAGAUGAAGACGCCCAUCAGUCAACUUUGUAAUUACUCUGACACUAUACUUCUGGUCUGGUAGAAAAGCCAUUUAUUAAUUACACUGCGUGCUCGUUAUGGUUUUAUUAUCUCUGAAAUACUUUGAUUUGGUUAUUUGCCUUGCCAGGAUGCCCCAUUCAUGCGACUGUAUACUGUAAGAAAAAUUUCAUAUGAAGUAUUUUGUAUGUAUUAUAAAUAGCUAUGCUUAUGUAAAAUCUUUUCAGUUUCAUACGUAUAUUGAUGUGAAUGCUAAUUAGAAGCAAACUGUGCUCUUUAAUUUUGUUUGUGAGAA